CUCUUCGACCACGUAAGGCUCUGUGCCCCCCGCCACGGCCACUGCGUGCUGCCCAGACUCUUGGUCCCAUGUGGAUUUGCAGGCUGAUGCCCAGCUGAGGCCCAAGCAGCCCAGACCGAGGAACUUUGUUUCUUCCUUUCAUACAGCAUAAUAGCCAGGUGCAGCUGCUGUCCAUGUUGCUCUUCCGAACAUUGGUGACUGUUCCAGUGGACGAGGAAAAAAUGGCCCUGAAGACACAUGUGCACCAGAGCCUGCUUCCACUGUUCUUCCACUGCCAUGACGAGAACCAGGAUGUGGCAGAGGCUUCUUGGGAAACGCUGCUUUUUGCGGCUGAGUUCCUGAAGAGGAAGGAUAUUGAAAAACUGGUGAGGAAGAAGAAGCUGUGGAAGUUCAGUGAGUGCCUGUUGGAAGGGGACAGGAGCCGAGCGGCCGAGCACCUGCGCCGGGUCCUGCCGUACCUGGAGAACGCACAGGAGCCCCUGCGAGCGGCGGCCAUCAGGUUCCUGGGGGUGGCCGGGCGGAGCCUGAGGAGGCAGCGGGAACUCCUCCAGCUGAUCUACAAAGCCCUUGAAGAUAUGGCCGAUAACAUCAACCCUGCCAUCAGUAGCCUUGCAAUUGAAACGUUCUACAUCCUCCAGGAUGUAGACAGAUCUCGAUAUUCCAUCUUUGAGAACCUGCAAGAUCAGCUGCACAGGGCAUGGAGGACUCGGCCUCGACUGUCAGGCCUCAGCUGGCUGCGCUGCUGGAGCUCUGCACAGCACUGAUCCACACACUCUGUCUGCUGGGGCCACCUGACGCAGCGGGGAGUUUCUUUUCCUUCAAGAUUCUCCUUCCUUUUGUUUCUCUUUUGUAUAUAAAUAUAAGAUGUGUUAUAAU